GGACGGGACGGUGGCGUGACCGAGCGGACAGCAUGGUCCCUGGGGGCCCCGGCUGGUGGCUGCUGGUGGGGCUCUGCGCCCUUGUCCCCCCCGCCACCACCCAGGGGGGACCAGAAGAAGAGGUGACACCCCACCUCAGCUCAGAGGAGUUGGGGUACCAGGAUGGGGACCCCCCCCAGGACCCCCAACGUUGCGGCAUCACCUUCCACACCCCCAACCCUUGCAGCCGCCCCGGGCCGCCCGCCUCCGCCUCUCGCGCUGAGCUGGAUCAUCUCAAGAACCUCUUGCAGGACACCAAGGCCAGCCUGAAGGACGUGGAGGUGGCGGCCACCUUAGAGGACAACCAGACCCGCUACCAGGACAUCAUCACCCAGGCGCUGCCCGCCAUCCGAGGGGCCAACCUGGAAUUUCAGGAGAGCCUGGAGAACGUCCGCAGGGAGCUGGAGGCUCACGUGGCCAAGGCCAAUCACCCACAGACGGCCGAGAAGAAGGAGAAGCUGCGGAAGGGGGUCCGUGUGGUGGCCCACAUGCUACGUCUCACCAGCCGCCUGGCCCAGACCCUGGACGCCGCCUCCCGUCGCCUCCACGCUGAGCUGAGCCGGCGCCUGCAGAGCCCGGCCGCCCACGCCGCCGCCGCCACCGAGCCCUAGGACAGCGGGGACGGGCUCUGCUGUCACCCCGCACGUGGCCUUGCUUGCUGGUAGGACCCCAACUCGGCUCCUCUCCCCGCGCCAAAGGGUCUGGGGCCUGGAGCCGGCAGCGCCGGGAGGGGACGGGAGGUUGACGCCUGCUACGCGAUGCCAUCGCACACGUGAUGCUGUUGCACAUGUGAUGCCAUCAGAGACACGAUGCCAUCGCACACGUGAUGCUGUUGCACAUGUGAUGCCAUCGGAGACGCGAUGCCAUCGCACAUGUGAUGCCAUCACACACAUGGUGCCAUUGCAGACAGGAUGCCAUCGCACCUGCGAUGCCAUCACGCACAUGACGCCAUUGAACAGGCAGUGACAUUGCGCGUGUGAGGCCAUCACACAUGCGAUACCACGGCACACGUGAUGCCCAUUGCCCCCACAAUGCCGUUGGACAUGGGAUGCCAUCAUACACGUGCUGCCAUUGCACAUGUGAUGCCAUCACACAUGGGGUGCCAUCCCACACAGGAUGCCAUCGCACACGUGAUGCCAUCGCACACGCGAUACCAUCACAGCCACGAUGCCAUCGCACAUGCAGUACCAUUACACACACCAUGCCAUUGCACAUGUGAUGCUGUCACACACGUGAUGCCAUUGCACAUGCGGUACCAUCACAGACAGAAUGCCAUCGCACAUGUGACGCCAUCGCACAUGUGAUGCCAUCACACAUCUGAUGUCAUUGUACAUGUGAUGUCGUUGUACGUGUGAUGCCAUCACACAUGUGAUGCCAUCACUUACAUGAUGCCACCACUUACAUGAUGCCACCACACGUGUGAUGCCAGUGCACACGCGAUACCAUCGCAGACACAAUGCCAUUGCACAUAUGAUGCCAUCAGGCACACAAUGCCAUCGCACAUGCAAUGCCAUCGCACAUGCAAUGCCAUCGCACACGUGAUGCUGUCACACACGUGAUGCCAUUGCACACGCGAUACCAUUGCACACACAGUGCCAUUGCGCAUAUGAUGCCAUCACAGACAUGAUGCCAUCGCACAUGCAAUACCAUUACACACGUGAUGCCAUCGCACAUGCGGUGCUAUCACGCACGUGAUGCCAUUGCGGGCAGGAUGCCAUCACACAUGUGAUGCCAGUGCACACGCAAUACCAUCGCAGACACAAUGCCAUUGCACAUAUGAUGCCAUCAGGCGCACAAUGCCAUUGCACACGCGGUGCCAUUGCACACCUGAUGCUGUCACACACGUGAUGCCAUUGCACAGGUGAUGCCAUCGCACAUGUGAUGUCAUUGUACCUGUGAUGCCAUCGCACAUAUGAUGCCUUCACACACACAAUGCCAUUGCACAUGUGACGCCAUCACGUGUGAUACCGUUGCAUAUGCGAUGCCAUCACACACAUGAUGCCAUUGCACACGCAAUGCCAUUGCGCAUGUGAUGCCAUCACACACGUGAUGCCUUCGACCAUGUGAUGCCAUCGCACUUGCAGUCCCGUCACACGCAAAAUGCCAUUGCACAUGACACGUGAUGCCAUUGCACGUGUGAUGCCGUCACACAUGUGAUGCCGUUGCACACACGAUGCCGUUGCACGCGCAAUGCCAUUGCAGAUGUGAUGCUGUCAUACAUGCGAUGCCAUUGCACACGUGAUGCCAUCACACACGCGAUACCGUCCCACAUGCGAUACCAUUGCACAUGUGAUGCCAUCACACACGCGAUGCCAUCGCACGCACGAUGCCUGUACCCCCACCCCCAAGCGUUCGAUCCAUUCAUCCCGCAGGAGCUCUGCCAUCAUGCAGCAGAUCCUGGCGCCACCCCCUGUGCCCAGCCCCGUGCUAAGGGGAAAAACCCCAUCCUUCUCACCCCCAGCACGCCCCUGCCCCCCUUCUCUCCUCCUGGGAAGCUCUUUAUCCCCGCAAGCUCCCUUUUUCCCCCACUAGCCAGUGCCCCCCCGCCCCGUGCCGACAGCUACCCCAUCCCUGAAGGGAUGAACUGGGCUCUUGGGGCUCCCCAGAGGGUCUUAAAAACGAACCCCAACAAUUUGAGGCUCGGCUGCAUCCUGCCGGUGGUCCAGCAGCAUCGCUGCCUGCCCGGCGUAGGCAGAACAUCCUUCGCCCUUGGGAAUCGCCUUGUCCGGGCUUGGAAGAGUCUUUUUUUGCCCCGGGGGCGAUAAGAGCAGAGGUUGGUCUGGAGUUUGGGCCCCUGCGGGUGGGCAGAGAGGAGGGGACGGGGCGGCGGGAGAGCGGCUGGGGAUGAUCCGGCCCAUAACGGGCGAUAAAUCACAGCUGGCAACUCCCGCGCUCCCACCCCGCCGAGCCUCGGUCAGCGGGAAAACCAGCUGGAAGCAGAAAGUCCUGGUGUGCUUGUAAGCCCGGAGGUUCUCCCGGGGUGGGGGGGGGGGCAUGGAGGGAAUGGCCAGUGGCACCCAGGACCCCCACGGUGCCCCCUGAGGAUGGGCAGAGGCGGGGGUACCCCCGGGCGGCGGCA